GUUUACAAAUGGCGGAUUGUGAGCAGCGGUUUGUUUAAAAUAUCGGCGUCAAGCGAGUUUUAUAGCUGCUUUAACGGGGUGGUUCUCAUAUUCAUGUGCUGGAAUUUGUUUUGUCCGUAGGUGUUUGGUAGAUUCCAGUCUUUAGACGUGAUCGAGGCAAGAAGUAUGGAGCGAAACGCACGAUCACGGGAAUACCAGAGAGCGAUCGCUCCGUUUCUAAGAGAGUACGACGAGUUGCUCCGAAGCAUGUUUUUCGAAGUCAAGGGUUUUCAAAAAGACUUGCGACAAGUGAGAAUGGAAACUGUCGGGCUCAUCACAAGCAAUCGUUGCCUGCACCGCGACUUGCGGCGGCAAGUCGAGCAGAAUCUGUCGUCCAACCAAGAAUACAGCGACAAGCUUCUCAAGGACCUUCAGUCACAACUCGAAACCCUUCUGAAGGACAAGGAAGCAACUUUGAAAAUGCUACAAACAUCAAUGCGAGAGGUUGAUCGACUUGAAAGCUUGCUAAAUGAAAAGAAGAACCAUGUCGACAGGACGGUAUUCGAGGAGACUGUUUCACAAAUGAGGUCGGACCACCUGAUGAAGUUACGGGCAGUGUCAUCUGAGCUCGAGCGAACCAAACAUGAGUUAUUGGAGGCAAACAAAAACCUACACAAUGCAAACCUGAGGGAAGCACGCUACAGUGAGCCCAUUUGCAGCAUCCAGCAACGACUUGAGGCAAAGGAAAAACAAUUGGAUGAAACCCUUCGGAAUCUGCAGUCGGCUCAAGGGAGGCUCAUCGCUCUAGAAGAGGCACAUGCCGAGGUCGUUGCAAGGCUUUCAGCAUCUGAAGCCGAAGCGAGUGCCCUAAAAGAAAAAUGCUCCGACCAAUCUCGGGAGGUGGACAUUUGCCGCAGCAAAAGUCACGCCUUGCAGGAGCAACUUAGCAACGCGCUGCUGCAUGCUCAGGAAAGUGUUAGCGUUGCUGAGAAAGCGCUCUUUGAGAAACAAGAGGCAGAGCUGGCUCUGAAUCGAGCAGAGCAGGAAGUGGCAGACCUCAGGGCAUCGCUCGACUGCAUAAUUGACGAGGCGAGCCAACGCACAGCUAGUGAGAUCGACAAAGUCCGAGUUAGGAGCAACCAGUGCAUCAAGGAGUUGGUUGCGCAAGUGGGAACACUAGAACAGGCGCUCAAAAGACAGUCAACAACAUUGGAAUCUUUGUCGGAAAAGAAUGCUGACCUCAAGGCCGAAGUGGACAGGCUACAAAGCAUCCAGGUGGCUCUCAGGUCCAAUCGCGACCCUGCCUUCCGAGAGCUGGGCCAAUCUCUGGCACAAGCGGAGAAGCUUUGCGAGGAACGCCGCCUGCUGAUCGAUUCGCUUCGUGAUGAACUCUCGGAGCAGUCCAGGAGGCACACACUGGAGGUGAAGCGCAAAGAGGCUGAAAGUGAGCAGCUUCGCAAGGCGCUGCGGGAAAUGGAGAGGCGCACAGAUGAGCUCCUCACUCUGCGUGUCGACUCCGAGGGCCAAGCGAUGGAAGCGCGGCAAAGGCUGCAGGUGUCGGAAGCCGAGUCAGCGGCCCUUCGCAGGACAGUUGAGACAGAGGUGGCAGAAUUACAGGAGGCACUGAGGCAGAGGCAAGCUGAACACACUGCCAAGCUUCAACACACGGAGGAAAGAUGCGAAAAAAAACUCAUGGACUUGCAGUCUCUGCUCGAGGCCCACAAGACUAUGAAUGACAGGUGGAAAACAGAGGCUUCAAAAAUGGCGUCAGAAUACGAAACCGAGAUUCGAGCCGCACGCACCAAGGCGUCGUCUCUCCGAAAACUAAACUCGGACCUGAGAAAGAAGCUGGUCCGUGCCCAGACAGACAUUCGAAAAGAGAAGAAAAGGGGAGAUUUGUAUUCCUCAAAACUGAAAAACCUGGCACGUCCCUCGGGAACAAACAUCUUGGCAAGUUUAAAAGUCAUUGAAGACCAAAUGCCUAUAAGUCAUUGGCACAAUCGCUCUUACAAAAAAAUGUUUGUCAUGGUACGUUUUCUUUUGCAGCCACCUAGAGGAGCCACUGCAUAGAUUCCUCAAAAUCAUCGAAACCGUUCUUCGUUUAAAGCUACCGGUGGUCAAGUGUGUUGGCGUACCGCAGCUGGGAGCGUGUGGAGCGAAAGUCUGCAAACGCAGAACCCGGGGAUUCCAAGUUCGACCCCUGCCCGUUCUGAUCUGGAUGGUCAUCGCACCAGUGCACUUUCGUGCUUCGCUUGUGUGGUGUGCGUUAAAGACCUCAGGUGGGCGG